UAUCUCCUCGGCAAGAUCCUGCAAUUAAGAGUAUGGAUGGCCUAGGACACAUAAAAGCAAAUGGACCGAAAGCAUGAAUGAUAAAACACUCGGAUCAAUCGACAAAGGGCUCGUCCCGGCAAACUAUCUGAGUUUAGCGAACGAUGCACGGCAGGAGCGUGAUAAGCAGAUCAAAGUUUUGCUCGAAAAGCGAAAACUGCCACUGGAAGGAUGGAGCGAACCGAUGGUAGAGUACUUCGUACAAGAGCUGGCGCUGCUGGACAGCAACAACUUUCCAUCCCGGUGCGGAGUUGGCGAACGGGAGGCACGUGUAGUUUGUGAUCUUGUACGCCGCAGACACUACAACUUUGCUCACGGUGUCGGCCGUUCCGGUAACCUCACCGCAGCUCAACCAAAAGCUGCCGGCUCGACGAUCAUGGCCAAUCUUACCAACUGUUUGGUGCUCGACCUUAUACGCACGAUCGGAGUCCCAAAUUGCAAGAAAGCCAUCGUUAUGCCGUUGGCCACGGGAAUGACGGUGAUGCUUAGCUUACGAGCCGUACACUGCAAACGGCCUCAGUCACGAUACGUGCUAUGGUCACGUGUAGAUCAGCAAUCGUGCUUCAAGAGCAUCCUCGCCGCUGGUCUCGAGCCGAUCGUCAUCGAUAGUUUGAUCGCCACCGAUGUCGACAGUAAUGGACCAAAAUUUGCCACCAAUUUGGCUACAUUUCAGGCGAAAAUCGAAGAGCUUGGGAAGGAACAAAUCUGUUGCAUCUUGUCCACUACGAGUUGCUUUGCACCGCGCAACAGUGACGACAUAAUAGCGCUCGGGGAUCUCUGUCUCCGAAACGGCAUUCCGCACAUAGUGAACAAUGCGUACGGGUUACAAAGCUCACAUCUGUUGCACCAGAUCAAUCAAGCAGUUCGUAUCGGGCGGGUCGAUGUGUUUGUACAGAGUACUGACAAAAAUCUGCUUGUUCCUGUCGGUGGGGCUAUCGUUGCUGGAUGCUUUGAUGGCGCAGUCGUCGAUGCGAUCGCAGCCCUCUAUCCUGGGCGUGCAUCGGAAUCACAAUCGUUGGAUGUGCUAAUGACAUUACUGACUCUCGGCUACACUGGGUACCGUCAACUGCUGGAGCAGCGGAACGCAUUGCACAAGGUGCUACUGGAUGGCAUGACUGAGAUUGCCGCAAAAUUUGGCGAAUUGGUGCUGCCCGGUCGAAAUACCAUUUCUAUCGCUCUUUCGCUACGAACAUUUAGUCAAACAUCAGGCUGUGGAUUGGAGAUGAUCGGAUCGAUGUUACAAAAGCGCGGUGUGUCCGGAUGUCGAGUGGUGAAUGCCGGGCAGAGCAAAAGCAUCGAGGGCUAUCUUUUCGAAGGCUGGGGGGCACACAGUUCCUUGAGCAAUGUACCAUAUUUAACCGCAAGUGCAGCGCUUGGUGUACAGCGAUCAGAAAUCGAUACAUUCCUAACGAAAUUACCCGAGGUGCUGGAAAAGUUUCGUAGUAAAUACUUAGCAGACGAUUAGGUUGUUAUAAUGUUCACCACGAUGCCUUUGUUAGUAAUAAGUUAUUUAUUCUAUUAUCUAAUCGGUAAUCGUGGGAGCUUUCAAUAAAAGAA